AUGCCUCGACCGCAAAGUGAUACUUGGCGCUAUUUCACCAUCAUUGAAGGCCCUGACGGCAAAGGUCGUAAAGCAAGCUGCUCCUACUGUGGCCAUCAGCAAGCAUGUGGUGUGACCCGACUCCAUCAACACCUCUUGAAAAAGUGUCCCAACAUUCCACCUUCCUUGCGUGCAGAACUACGACAACGAGAAGAAUCCAGAGCUCGAUCGUCUCCUCCACAGCAGCAGCAACAAAACCACCGUAACGAUAGCAACGAUAUGGACAUCGACCGUGCAUUAUCAACAUUAGCAGCACAUGGGAUAUCUACUUCUGCACGUCAACAGCAACAACAGCAACAGGAGACAUCAACAACACAGCCUGUGGACAAUUAUAGUAGUACGUCUUCGUCGUCAGGAACGACGUCUUCUUUGAUGGCAAGUGGUCAGCAACAACAGCAGCAGGAACAAGCGAUGCUCGAUUGGCUUCUUGCACGUGCUUUGUUUUCAGCCAACAUACCCUUCAGCGCCGUUGAAGAUCAACAUAUGAUUAGCUUUCUCAAACGCAUGCGUCCUGGCUAUGUUAUUCCAAAAGCAUAUAAACUCCAGCAGCAUUUACUCAAAGAACAGCAUUGGGAUUUGAUUGAGUGCGAUAAGAGUGAUCCUGCUACCAUUCGACCCUGUUCUCCUACUCGAAAUACAACACCAGCACUUUCUACCACCACGAGUAAUUCCACCACCCAUUCAUCUAAUAAUACAACGACGACAACAACUGGAUCUUCAACAUCCGUUACGACACCUUCCUCCACAUCCUCUUCCACAUUUUCAACACCCGGUAGCAAUACUAAUAAUGCCUCAACCGCUUCUUCUAUUUCAUCCAUUGGUCGUCUCAUGAACAAAUCCACCACCAUCCCACCUUCUCGUCGCCACCAUCAUCAUCAUCCAUACGACACAUCCUCCUCCUCAACCUCAGCCUCAUCCGUAUCCACUUCCACUUCAAGAAUCCAUCAUGGAGAUAAUACUAACAGUAAUAACCCAUCCGAUCGUUCCUUAUUAGCAUCCUUACGAACUCCCAAUAUGGAUGGAAGUUUAUAA